AUGAUGCAAUUUAUGCUGUUAUUCAGCCGACAAGGAAAAUUAAGACUUCAGAAAUGGUACGUAGCACACCCAGAUAAGCUGAAGAAAAAAAUAACUAGAGAAUUGAUCACUACUGUGCUGGCUCGAAAGCCUAAAAUGUGUUCGUUUUUGGAGUGGAAAGAUGUUAAAGUGGUAUACAAAAGAUAUGCUUCUUUAUAUUUCUGUUGUGCAAUGGAGCAAGAGGAUAAUGAGCUACUGACUCUGGAACUGAUACACAGAUAUGUAGAGCUGCUUGAUAAAUAUUUUGGCAGUGUAUGUGAGUUGGAUAUUAUAUUCAAUUUUGAGAAGGCUUACUUUAUCCUGGAUGAGCUGGUGCUAGGAGGUGAGCUGCAGGAGACUAGUAAGAAGAAUGUACUCAAAGCUAUAGCAGCACAGGAUCUCCUGCAAGAGGAGGAGACCCCGCAAGGCUUCUUCGAGGACCAUGGGCUUGGA